AUGGCCCCCCCUGACAAUUCUAAUCUUCAUCAAACCAGCCACAUGCAUCAGACACCCCAGCCAAACCACUUUUCAGCCGGACUUAUGGCCUCCAGGCUGCCCUGCUUCUUCUCAUCUGGUGAAAACUUAGCCCAACUGCAGGCUCAUUCCAACUCUGUAACUGGCUCCGAUCGUGGACAGGGUUUCACAGAUUCCCUACUAAGCACCAUGACAGCAGCCUCUGGAGUUGGGCUUGGGCCAUGUCCGUCCUUCUUCCCCAGCCUCCUGGCCGAGACCUGUUACCCUGGAUUUGGGUUGAAUGGAAGCCUUAUCCCAUCCAGCUCAACCGGGCAAGUACAGAACUCUGCCGCUUCACCGUCAUCCUCUUGCUCAUCUCCCUUCGGACCAUCCUCUUUAUUCGCACCUUUUUCCGCCGCCAACUAUGGCGAAUUUGAGCAGGCCGAAAUGCUGACCAUGUUGGCAAAGAUGUCAGCAAAUCUCCGCGCAGCAGCAGUUGCUGCUACCAGUCCUUCGGCUCCUGAGCCCAGCUUCACAAUCACCUCGGCCGGUUCUCUGAACACUCAGGCCGGCUCAUCCCUUUUGGCUCCGGGGGCGACAGGACUGCCGAUCACGGGUGGUUGUUUUAGGUCGGGCCACAUGGGCCCUGGAAACGCUGGAUCAGAGCCUUUUCCAUCCGGCGGCCCACCUCUUGCUUCUGUACCUCUCGUUAAUAGCCAGUCGAACUGGUCACUACGGGCAGGUGUACUGGCUUGUGAGCUGAGCGAACGAGCCAUGCUUCCACCCAGCAACAUAGUGGACUCGGCUGAGCGGGUACCGGGUCAAAGUGGGCUCAUGUCAACCCUUUCGGUGACUUCGGGCGCCGGCGAAAGUGGCAGCAACAGUCGCAAUCUGCUGCUCUGCCCCGGGCUUGGCAGCUCGAGUGACGGCGACGAGGACAGCGAAGUCGACGGCGACGCCGUUGAGGGUGAUCCGGAGGGUUUCACUGGCGCAGAAAUCAGUCGAUCACAUGCGGAAGCCCUGUUGUCUCACAUGACCUGUAGAGGAGAAGGUGAUGAGGGUGAUUGCGACGAGGAUGAAGAUGAUAACGAUGAUGAAGUGCAUGCUAAGAGUAUAUCGGGACGCGAUUCGCGUGGCACUCGUGCCCGCGAGCAGCAGAACGAUACAGUAGAUUCACAUGUCGCCCCAGCCGGGCCUGGUUCGCUGGGUCAUGCCAAGAGGAUGUCUGGAGUCUGCGCCAGCUCGGCCGAAAGACGGGCAGCUUGCGGCAGCCCAGUCAGUCCCGGUGGGCUCAACUGUCUGGGGAGCGGCUUCGCGAGAGGACAGAGUGGAGCGUCUGGAGGAGAACUUGCUGUAGGACUCGGCUCCGUUGCCAGCUACCUGGAUCAGUCGAAGAGGUAUCGCACCAGCUACACACACCACCAGACCAAGGUCUUGGAGGCCAGCUUCAGGCAUGAGCGCUACAUAAGCCGGCCACAGAGAGCCCAGCUAGCAGUCGAACUUGGCUUGCCAGAGAACACCAUCAAGGUGAGUUGA